UGGGUAAGCAAAGUUGUGAAACAAGUGCAGUGAAGUGAAGUGCGACUCAUUUUAGCACCGAACCAGUCCAGUGCAGUGAAGUGCGUGCGGCAAUUGCGCUCUGAAACUGGAACGCCACCAUGGGUGGAGGAAAAGGAAAAGACCCUACCUGCUCCACUUUGGCUAUUCAAAACCCUGCUUUCGAUCACUAUUACAAGGAACAGAACAUCGUGUCCCCAGAAGAAUGGGAUUCAUUCAUGCAAGUUCUCACUACUCCAUUGCCCGCAGCAUUUAGAAUCAAUUCCUGCAGCCGGUCUUCCGCAGAUGUCCGGUCUCAACUGGAGAAUGACUUUGUACAGUCUCUUCAGGCCAAGGUUGUUGAAGAGGAUAGUCAUACAGAGGCACUUAAACCGUUGCCAUGGUAUCCUGAUAAUCUUGCUUGGCAUUCAAAUUUUUCCCGUAUGCAGCUCAGGAAGAAUCGAACACUUCGAAGGUUUCAUGAAUUCUUAAAGCUAGAAAAUGAACUUGGGAAUAUUACGAGACAGGAAGCUGUCAGCAUGGUGGGCGAGUUUACAUACUGUCUGACACUCGUCAUGAUCAUACAGGAUCAUUUGCUUUUGUUUUGGAAAUGUGUGCCUCCUAUGUUCUUGGAUGUACAUUCAAAUCAUUUUGUUCUUGAUAUGUGUGCGGCACCAGGUUCAAAAACAUUUCAAUUGCUUGAGAUUUUACACCAAUCAUCUAAAGCUGGAUCACUUCCUGAUGGAAUGGUUAUAGCUAAUGAUCUAGAUGUCCAGAGAUGUAAUCUUCUCAUAUACCAAACAAAAAGAAUGUGCACAGCCAACCUAAUCGUCACUAAUCAUGAAGCUCAGCAUUUCCCAGGAUGUCAUUUAAACAUGCAUGAUGGUACAAUGGAGGCUGAUGAACAUAUCACCCAACUGUUAUUUGAUCGUAUUCUGUGUGAUGUACCAUGCAGUGGAGACGGUACAUUUCGUAAGGCACCUAAGCUCUUGAAUAAAUGGAACACAGGGACAGGAAAUGGGCUUCAUAACCUACAAAUCAUUAUUGCCAUGCGAGGUGUAUCCUUACUUAAAGUUGGUGGAAGAAUGGUUUACUCAACCUGCUCAAUGAAUCCUAUUGAGAAUGAAGCUGUCGUUGCAGAGGUUUUGCGGAGGUGUAGAGGGUCUCUGGAACUUGUUGAUGUCUCUAGUGAACUUCCACAACUUGUUCGUCGACCAGGUCUUAAGAGAUGGAAGGUAUUUGACAAGGGCAUGUCAUAUGUCUCUUGCAAAGAUGUUCCCAAGUUUCGUAGAAGUAUAGUUCUUCCCAGCAUGUUUCCGAAUGGUGGAAGCUACCAAGAUGUUGUUAAAAGUAACAGUAACUGUAAUAUCAGCAUUGGAGAUGAAAUUGCUGAUGAUGUUAAUGGAAAUUCUGAUGAUGGUGUUCAAGAAGCGGAGAAUCCCGUGAUGCACGAUAUCACUGAGGUUUCUGCUUUGCCACUAGACCGAUGUGUGAGGUUAGUGCCUCAUGAUCAGAACACUGGAGCAUUUUUUAUUGCUGUAUUGCAAAAGGUUUCUCCUCUGCCAGUGAUUCAGGUAAAAACUAGAAAAGACGCUGAUAAUCGACAUGUAGAUUCAGCAGACCAGGGAAAUGAGGAUGCACAAGUAUUGCAGAUCAAUCCAUCAGAAAGUACACAUGAAAAUGUUUCAGAGACUAAUACAAAUGACAAUGAACCCGAUUCAGCAGAUUUGAAAGUUACUCCUGUUAUAUGUGAAGAUGGGGAUUCCAACGAAGCCCAAGAGCCCCUCAAUGUAGAAAAUAUAGCAAAGAUCACUCCAGGAAAAAGAAAGCUGCAGAUGCAAGACAGAUGGAGAGGCAUUGACCCUGUUGUCUUCUUCAAAGAUGAAGUAGUUAUUAACAGCAUUAAGGCAUUUUACGGGAUUGACGAGCAGUUCCCAUUCGAUGGUCACCUUGUAGCAAGAAAUGGUGAUACUAGCCGUGUCAAAAGGAUCUACUAUGUCUCCAAGUCAGUCAAGAAUGUUCUUGAGUUGAACUUCUCUGUUGGGCAGCAAUUUAAAAUAGCUUCCGUUGGCCUAAAGAUUUUUGAAAGACACACAUCACGUGAAGGUGCCUCUGCACCAUGUCCUUUCCGGAUCACUUCUGAAGGAUUGCCCCUUAUCCUCCCUCACGUCACCAAACAGAUUCUGCGUGCAUCUCCUAUAGAUUUCGAGCAUCUUCUGCAGUAUAAGACUGUAAAAUUUGCAGAUUUUGUUAAUGCCAAGUUUGGUGAAAGGGUUGCAAACCUAAUGCCAGGCUGUUGUUUGGUAGUUCUAGGUGAAGGGAACAUAGCUGCUCCAGAGCCCCUCCAAGUGGAUGAGUCAACAAUAGGCAUUGGCUGUUGGAAGGGGAUGGCAAGUUUGACCGUGAUGGUCACUGCAAUAGAGUGCCAAGAACUGCUUGAAAGGCUUUUAAUUCGUGCAAACACUAACAGAAUAGGACUCCUCAUGCAUGAGGACCAACCCUCUCAUAAUGUGGGAGAUGAAGAACAGCAGUCGAAUGCAAAACACGAAGAUGUGGAAGCUGCUUGGUGAUAAAAUUGAAUAGUUUAAACUCUUCAAUAGAGAUUAAUCACUCAUUUCUACGUUGAGUAGUUAAACUACGUUUUAAUCUUUUGUCAUGGGCUCUUUUCCUUUAUAGUCAUGUCUUCUUAGUUCUUACACAAGCAUUUACAGAAAUUAAGGCUUUUGCUUCAGCCAUGAAAAUUGUUUACGAUUUUGUUGCUUUUCUUUCCUUUUUUGUCAUGUUCUUUGUAGCAAUGUGAACAUCCUUCGGUAAUAGAAUAGUAUUCUAAUGCUA